UUUCUUAUUUUUAUAAUACUAGAUAUUGUCGAAACAAAGUAUUAUAAGUUUAACGAUAGCUUCGUACUCGAUUAGUGUAUUUAAAAAGCACUAUAAUUGUCAUUACAGUUACGAAAUAAAAUUUAAAACACGCUAAUAAUGAGGCUUAUAAUCUAGGGAAGAACCGAUUUCCAAGAUUGAACGAAUGUAAUUCCGUCGCGCAACCUAUCGGCACGCGGUGGCGAACGAUGCAACGGUUUGAGAACCACUGUCAUCGGCGUGUAGGGGCGUCGUUGCUGCGUGCAAUGUGUAUCGUGUAGGCGUUGGCGAGGAGGAGACAAGUCGGGGAUGUGUCCGUAAAAAACUUGCGGUUUCUGCGUACUCUGCCGCACGUGCACGCUCGAAAUCGUGUUCCGUGAACGAUCGAGUCCCGACAAAAUUAUACUGCAUGCCUGCAUCGUUCGAAAGCGUAUUGCGAACGGGUCUAACAAUUACAGGCAAGGAAAAAAAAGUGUAGCCAGUGCUCCGUAUAUUCUUUCGUUUCUUCGAAAGGCCGCGUACCGUGCGUAUAUAUUUCGGUCUUUUGUCACGGACGUUUAAGACGCGAGCAAAUAACUCGAAUCAGAGGAAUCGUCUAUUUGAUUCUACAGAGACGAACGACGUGCUGCAGAAACGACGCCCGUACCAGGAUGCUAGGACAUCUCCAAAGGGCCAUUGAGUUGAUCGGUGUUACUCGUGUGAAUUGAUUUCAACUCAAUCCGUAGUAAACGAGAGCAAAGCCUUGCAACGGAAAGAAGGAAAGAAAGGAAGAAAGAAAGCGCGAAAGAUUUGUUUUUACAGAAAGAUAAAGAUAGAGAGACGACAGGGAGGAACCCGAGGAGAGAAAGAAUCCGACGGAGAGUGUGUAUACAGGAGAUGUUCGGAAUCUUGAGACAAGAUCCUGGUGCGGGAGGAUUUCACUAUCAGCGACUACGAUCGAACGUAUUAUCACACGGUGGAUUCUUCGGCGUAUGAGACAGCAUUCACCGAGAGGAAUCAUAAAUAUAUCGGCGCUGAAUCGUGUUCGUGAAAAAACAGUGUUGUGGAAGAAAACGUGCGGUGGACAGAGAGGGUGGAUGACACACACGGGACGCGUAUCGGCCGGCCGAGGGAACGAAUUUGCGGAUUCGUCGCCGGUGUAUUACGUCGUGCGACGAAGCUUCUUGGAAUGUGACGAGGGACUUCCGGCGUGGGAAAUAUCGUAGAAAAGGAGACGUCAUCAUUGACUGCUGAGCCGCAAGAGACGAAAAAUCAGCUGGUAUGUCAAAUAAUCAGCUGGUUGACUCCUGUCUGCUGGUGAAUCGUCGAAUCGUCGAGAGACAGGAGCACAGUAUAACGCACACUGAGAUCACACAGAGACGCGUUCUCCAGGAGAAGGGCCCCGACAUGCCGCAAUACACCGGACAGAGUGAUGCAGAUUACCACGGAAGUAACGGCCAGGCGGACACCCAUUCGUUGCAUUCGUCUCAUUUGUCUGUCCAAGAGGAUCCAUUACUUAUCCGCAGCCAUAAGCAGCAAACUACUCAACAAGUGACAAACGUGUCGAAGGUUGUUCGCGAGGUAUCACACAUGGAGCCAGAUCCAGGCGCAGUGAGUUACAUGUCAGUUCCAUUGAUGUCUCAGGAUUAUCAGCACGCGGACCGGCGAUACCCGGCGGACUCGUACAUGGUCGGUUUUGAACAUUACGAGCCGUACCUCGGCUAUCCACCACAGCCAGGGUAUCCGGGUCCGCAUGGUAUCUACAUGCCACGCUCGCAUUCUCCUCACAGUCCUCAUAGUCCUUCUGAGCACAGUCGUGCCUCGCCUCCGCAUGAAUACCUACGUAAGGCGGCGCCAUAUGUGGAAGGCGGUUACAACGACAUCGAUCCAGGUUUGAAUCCCGCGUUGCAAGAUCAUUAUCGUAUUACUCCUAGUCCUGGUGGUCCCGGAGAUCAAUAUGAUCAAAUCAGCAACUCUUGGAAUAUGGAUGACUCUGGCGAACCCUCUCAGCAUCCUCAUGACGAGAAUAAAGUGGCUUACGGUUACGUGUCUCCGUCCCCUUAUGGACCUGUUGGAUACGGCCCUGGCGUCGGGGUAGGUCCAGUCGCAGUUCCUAGCGAUGUGCCCGGUUACGACGAAGGCCAUCCGGUCCCACUCACCUCUGGAGUUCCUCCGGGAAUGUUUGACGACGAGGUUCAUCUUCAACGGCUACAAUCUCGACAUCCGGUGGUGCCCGGCAUGGCCAGUCCAUUGGACGAUGAUCAGAAGUCGAUGAGAUGGCGAGAUCCGAACUUGUCGGAGGUGAUCGGCUUCCUGAGUAAUCCGAACAACAUCAUCAAGGCGAACGCUGCCGCGUAUCUGCAGCAUCUAUGCUACAUGGACGAUCCAAAUAAGCAGAAGACGCGAAGUCUAGGUGGAAUACCACCGUUAGUGCAAUUAUUGGAUCACGAUAAUCCAGACGUGUAUAGGAACGCAUGUGGCGCGCUGCGGAAUUUGUCUUACGGUAGACAGAACGACGAAAACAAGAGGGCUAUCAAGAACGCCGGCGGUGUUCCGGCCUUGAUCAAUUUAUUACGUAGGACGUCUGACGCGGACGUGAAGGAACUGGUGACGGGGGUUCUUUGGAAUUUAUCCUCGUGCGAGGACCUUAAGAAAUCCAUCAUCGAUGAUGGCGUAACGAUGGUGGUGAACAACAUAAUUAUCCCGCACAGUGGCUGGGAUCCAAGCUCUUCCAGUGGCGAGACGUGCUGGUCGACCGUGUUCAGAAACGCAUCUGGCGUCUUAAGAAACGUCUCUAGCGCUGGCGAGUAUGCGAGGAAGAAACUGCGCGAGUGCGAAGGUUUGGUCGACGCUCUUCUUUACGUAGUACGAUCCGCCAUCGAGAAGUCGAACAUCGGGAACAAGAUCGUAGAGAACUGUGUUUGUAUUCUGCGAAACCUGAGUUAUCGGUGUCAGGAGGUGGAGGACCCAAACUACGACAAACAUCCGAUUCAGUCGACCGUUCAGAACAGGGUAGCUGCUCCAGUCAAAGGUGAAAAUUUGGGUUGCUUUGGCGGCAGCAAGAAGAAGAAGGAUGGUCAACCAGUGCAAAAGGAAACGACCGCAUCUCGCACUACCAGCCCUAGAACGGAACCCGUCAGAGGAAUGGAGCUACUCUGGCAGCCAGAAGUGGUACAGUCUUAUUUGAAAUUGCUGCAGACAUGCUCAAAUCCGGAGACUCUCGAGGCGGCGGCUGGGGCGCUUCAGAACCUCGCAGCCUGCUACUGGCAGCCAAGUAUUGAAAUUCGUGCGGCUGUGAGGAAGGAGAAGGGACUUCCCAUUUUGGUGGAGUUGCUGCGGAUGGAGGUGGACCGCGUAGUCUGUGCUGUGGCCACAGCCUUAAGAAAUCUAGCGAUAGACCAGCGUAACAAGGAGCUGAUCGGAAAAUACGCGAUGCGUGAUCUCAUUCAAAAGUUACCUUCAGGAAAUAAUCAGCACGAUCAAGGAACAAGUGACGACACAAUCGCCGCCGUUCUCGCCACAUUGAACGAAGUGAUCAAGAAAAACGCCGAGUUCUCGCGAUCUCUGUUGGAUGCUGGCGGUGUCGACAGAUUGAUGAACAUUACUAGGCAACGCCAGAAAUACACGCCUCGUGUUCUUAAAUUUGCAGGACAAGUUUUGUUCACAAUGUGGCAGCACCAAGAGCUGAGAGACGUUUACAAGAAGCACGGCUGGAAAGAGCAAGAUUUCGUCACGAAAACGGUGGCAGCGCGAAAUUCAGGGCCUAAUUCACCUAACAAUGCCAAUAGCUAUGAUUGUAGCACCCUAAACCGACCGAUGGCGAGUCAAGGGAGCACCAGAUACGAGGACAGAACGAUUCAGAGAGCGAACAUGAAUUCGAAUAACGUCGGUCGACCCACUAUAUAUCAGCCUCAACCGAAACCCGGUGAGCCGCUCUACGCGCAAGUUAACUUGGAGAAGAAAAAGAAGCGGCAGUAUGAGCUGGGGGUGGGCCAGGCGCAGGGUCAGGGCCCGGUCGUCGGCUCGGGAGUGGGCGUCGCGGCCGGUGCACCCACGGCUGGUCAGUGGGUAGCCGAUGGUGUUGGUGUUCCCGAUGGCUCGGCCGCCACCGCAACGGUAAACGUUCCACCGAAUUCGACUGCCGCCUCAGCCGGUGAUUCCUGGGUAUAACAGGGUGUCCAUGGUCCAGCCGCCGUCCAGGGGGCAGCCAUCCUUCCCCCGAGGCUGCUGUACGCAUAGAAGACGAUUUCACGACUCCCAGUUGCGGGAAUCAUUGAAAGAUGGACGAGGACUUUGUGUCUGAAACGUAAAAGGAGAAACAAGGGAAAUAGUAGAAAUUAAUCUUGCCGAUUUUUUGCUGGAUGAUGGAUAGAGAAGACUGGUCAGGGCAUUGAGGACAAGGAUGGAUGAUAGGAUUCUUGGUUUUGUAUUUUCGGUUAGGUCGUUACUGCACUGAAAAUGAUACGCGUUGUUGGAAGAUACGAUGUAUAUUGGAGGGAACCGGAAGACUGAGGACAAGAAGGGUAUAGAGGUGUUAGUGGCUGAGACACGGAAGCCUCUUAAAUAAGCUUCCAUGGAAGUUUAGAUCACCGAGUAUCUGCUUAAGACGGUCUUACCAAGAAACGAAUAUAUAACAAUUGAAAAAGAAAUAUAAAAAAGAAUUCGCACUCCGCACCCCACGUUAUCGAUGUAUACUAGACACGGAAAGCGACUUGUCCGACCACAUCCGCAGCAGUAGUCGCACUAAUGGCUCUAAACCUUCAUUGCACAAUUCUAAAUUAAUAUAUACACUAUAUAUAUAAAUAUAUAUAUAUAUAAAUAUUAUAUGUAUAUGUAUAUUUUAAGGCGGUACUCUUGGAGAAAGGAUUACAAAAGUACUACUAAGGUUAAGUAGUCGGUAUUGCUACGAACGAUUAUAUUAAUAAUAUCAAUGUUAAUGAUAUUAAUAUUAUUAAUAUUAUUAAUAAUAUCAGCGAGUAACGCGGUCGCGAGGCCGUCGCUAUAAAUAUAGGAGGGUAUAAAGAUGAAUGAAUAUAUAUAUAUAUAUAAAUAUAAAUAUAUCAUAUAGGUAUAUCAUACACGUUAACUGCUACACCGACACCGACACCGACACCGACACACACACACACACACACACACACGUUAGGGGGGCGUAUCGAUUAAGCUACGUUAUUGUAUUAUGUAAACUUCUGAGGCUGUGGGUGUGGCAUGUAACGAGGAUGGCGAAUAUUUGCGAGUUGCACUUUGUUUUUUGUUCUCCGAGUUUUCCAAUCGGUUGGAUCGCGCGAAACAAAGAGUGCGUGGAAAAGAAACAAAAAAAAUGCGAGCGAGUGUGUAAACUAGCAUGAUACUUUCGUUUGGGUGCCGAUAUAAAAAUGUCCACUCGUAAACGUAAAAGCGUAAAAGGAAGAAUAAGAAAAUGGGGAAAAGGAGGGGAAAAGUGGUGGAACGAGCACCCUUGUCGAGAACCACAUUGCCAAUAGAUGAGAUCGAUUGCAUCUCAUCGUGCAAAAAAUCUGUUCUCGUUCUCGAGGAUGGCUGCUCGGUUGAAACGCGAAGAAAAGAAUAAAAAGCUAAGACGAAGGACAUAGAAAUGGAUUACUCGUCGGUCCUCUACACACACGAUUAUCAAGGUUCUUCGCUGUUACGUUUCGUCAUAUUCUAAUGUAUUGCUGUCGUGUAAAUGGUUGAAACGAGAAACAGAUAAGAAAGGAUAUAGAAAUGCAACCGAUAUUAGAUCGAGACCAAGUGAACGAGAAAGAAUCGACGAAAAGGGGGAUUUAAGAAAGAAAGGGUGCGAAUGAGCAGAGAGAGGAAAUAUGUGAUGUUCAAUGUUAUCGAAUGUUUGACAGAGAUGACACUAUUGAUAACCGAUAUACAUAUUAUAUAUAUAUAGAUAUAUAUACAUAUAUAUUAUAUGUAUACAAAUAAAUAUAUCCUUGUUCUAUUUCUUAAAUAAUGUUAUUAUGACAGUUGAAAAAAAUCGAUUGUGUUCGUGAUUAUAGCUACUGAGAGAAAGUAUAACACCAACGCGGGGACAAAAGAAAUAUAAUUCUCCCUCGUCGAUUCAGAAUUAUAUAUACAUAUAUAUAUAUAUUAUAUGUGUGUGUGUGUAUAUAAAUGCUUCGUGCAGUAUGCACGUCACGAUCGACUAAAUAAAUAAAUAAGUAAAUAAGUAAAAAGAAAAAAAAGAAAGAAGAACAAUCAUCGAUCUCGUCGGUCGUCUCGCAUAACCGGUCCAAACGUUCGUUCAUCCUCUAAGCGUACUUUUUCGAUAUCUAUCAACCGCGUAGUCGUUCAUAACAGCCUAACUUUUGUACAUAUUCAUCCUUCAUAUUCAGGCGAAUUUGUUCGCUUUUUUCUCAUUAAUCGAACGAACGACGAGAUCGAAUUAAGGACAAACGAGCGAAUUAACGAUGGUGACCAUAGAAAACUGGUUUCAACGAUCGUCGACGUGCCACCGGAAGCAGAAGAUGUAUCGCCGUUACCCUGCCAGAUAUCAGUCGCGUCAGGAUCGACCCUCCUCGAGAAGGGAUCGGGUGAAAGCUCGUGCGAUCGUUUCUGUUACGACGAAGGAACGAUCUGUAACGUCAUUAAUAAUAUAGUAACAAUGUUUCGAUAUUUCGAUAAAAUAUCACGAACUAUACGUCAUAUACUAUUUAUACAAGCGCUUUCGAACGAAUGCUGUCAAUGCACCCAUUGCGCGGAAUAUCUACAGUCACAAGUGAGCCAUAACGAUAUUCUACCGCCUAUGGGUAUUCGAUUUACGAUCGGAUGGGAUUCUCGCAUUAAUUACGAUCAAAUAUGCCGAUACACCGUCUUUUAUGUCUGGCCACUGUUGCGCUAUUGCUACGAUCAUUCAUAACACGAUUUCGAACAGAAACGAGCGCGCGAUCGCGAUUACUAUGGAGAUAGCGAGCCGAUAAUGGGUAACAAACCGCGCCUCUUCACGAAUCGAGAGGCACCCUUCGAGCUUAUCGUUCGGACUGCUAGCAGAUCAUCUACGCGCGCGAAUUUGCCGCGAGAACCUCUUAGAGGACCUUGGACCAUUCCGCUCAAUGUGACACACACGGCUCUGACAAAUUUCUGUCCUUUUCUCACUCGCGUCUUCGACGAAUUUCGAUUCUGAAGUUUUCUCAAAUUCGAAUCGAGGAUGACGUCUUGCGUAUCCUCGAUGACUUUGCAAAGUUUGGAAUUGACAUCGUAGUUCGAGAUCUUUGCUGAAAUUUCAGCAAGUUUUAGACGUUGACGAUUGACUUUGAGAUCUUUUUUCAUUCUUCUUUUUGUACGAAGGCAUUUCUUGAGAAAUUUCACGCGAUCAGUUACGUGGACUAUCGAGAUUAAAUAUUGAGGAAUGCAGACAAAUACGUUUCGAUAUUUCGUCUAUCUAAGGAAAAGUUCGAAUUGAAUUUGACGAUGGAAACACGAGUCGAGGAAGGGACGAUAGAACAAAUUAAUCGCGAUCCUCUUCGACGAUUCGAAAGAUCCUUGUUGAAGCGUGCUGGAUUAAUCGUUACAUCGUCGGAGGAUUGACAGAGCCGCGACUAUUGACUCGAACGAACCGAAAUUUUGAUAUCCGCUUUUCAUUGUUUUCGUGUACCAACGUUUCUAAUUUUCUACGAGAAUUAACGAGCAAGAGAGAAUUGAUGGAGGGAGACGGACGAUUUUUGUAAAUGUAGUCUGCGGGGCGACGUGCUCGCAGAAAAAAGAAAAAAGAAAAAAAAAUGAUAAAACGACACGCUUUCGAGGAAAGACAACGUGCUGUUGUUAUACUACAAUGUGUAGAAUGAUCGAAGGCUGAUCAGUGAAAUUGAGAAAUUUGUAUCUACAUAGUUGAAGAAGGAAAUCUAUGCUCUGCCGAGAAAAUCAUCUUAUUUGAAGUACUUCUCCCUUGAGCAUUUAUGAUUUUGUAAUGUUCGUUACGCAAUUUUUAACAAUUAUUAUGAUAUCGCAUUAUCACCUACUCGUUUCACUUUGAAGAUUAAAUUUCCUUUUAAAGUGACAAGUCGUAUUUUUCGUGUAAUCUAACAGUGUAAAUGAAAACAACCUCGUGUCACUGAAGUUCUUGUAUGUUUUCGCACACUCACGCACGCGACCAAAGUUUUGACAAUUAGACGAAUCUUAUUUCUAAAACGUACAUUUGUGAAUUUGACAUUUAUUCGAGCUGUCAUUUAUAUUUUUAUUGUCGUCUUACCCAAUAAUUUUCCCAACUUAGUGAAGAUCUUUUCUUGGUGAAACGUUAAUUCACACAGAAGUUUUUAAAUUUUUUAAUUGAAUACAAUUUCUCGGCACUGCAAUAUAUUACCUUCGUCGUAUACUUAAAAAUGGGUCUUGUAAACAAUUUCAAAAGGCUAACUUUAUUUACGUUUUCGGCCGAUUCCGUCGUUCGUUGCAUGAUAUACCUAAGUACGUGCGGACUUUUAUAGAAAUUAUCCUUAAACAGAAACCUAUGUUUGCGUCUUUGUACGAGGCUCGUUCGAUUUCUCGAAGUAUCUUCGGAUAUAUCACAUAUAUUUUUCUUUCUCUUAUCUUUCAAAGAUUUUCGUUAAAUUCUCUUCGUUUUCCUUUUUUUUUUUUUUUGAACAAUGGCAGCUAUUAUGGCAGUUACUUUUUAAUAAAUUUUCUGUAUCUGUAUGCAUAAUACUUUGUAAAGAGGCUUCGCGCAAAUCGAACGUGAAUCUAUUUUGAACAAUUCGAAUAUUUCUGAACGUUUUGUAUUCAGUGACUGUUAUAAUUUAUUAAUUCUAUAAAAUAGGUUCAAGACUCUGUUUAUCGAAAUCGCUUAAACGCGCGAGUCCUUUCAGUCGAAGGAUUCGACGGUAGAUCGACGAAUCGAUCGAUACGCUGUUAUGAAAGGUUUCAGCCUACGGUUUCUAAUGGAUAAGAAGAAAAGGGUCAAAAAGAAAACGCAAAAAAAGAAAAGAAGCACCGAGAAGCGAUGCGUCCGGAAUUUUUUUAACGAUGUCGUGUUUUACUAACGAAUUUUUACGCCGUUUUUUACACGAUUCUUACCGGCCUAAGGAGCUGUCUUUUCCACGAACAGCGAUCGAAGCUGUUUGCGUUGCUGCUUUCUCGCGGAACUAAUCGCGAAUCGAUCUCGAUCCUUUGAAUUAAAACAUGCCGUUUGUUAAACGAACAUUGAAAAUCGGAAUAAUUUUUCUUCGACUAUUUGUCUUGAAAAUAACAGAAAUUAUUGUCCUUUUCCAUUAAUCCAAACCUCCCUUGUCUUAAUAAUCAAGUUUCGCAAUAUUCAACGAUAUUAACCAACUAUCGUUAGAUUUUUGAAAUGUCAUUAUAUACAUAUAUUUAUACAUUUUAAAUACAUGUCAAAUUGGAAAAUCAAAACUUAAAUACACCCUGUUUACUGGGAACUUGAAUAAUUUCUUUUGUUUCGGUAACCAGUUUCAUCGAACUAGAAAAAUUCUAAAAUAUUUAUGAACCGUCAUUGAAAUUCUAUGUUUUUACAUAUCGAGUAUCCAUAAAAUUCGCGAGAUUAAAGCUUAAGCAUUUCACAUUUCAUUACGUACGUACCAAUAAUCUGUGCGGAUGAUUUUAACAAUCAAACGCGAUCGAUUUCGAUUUCUGAGUUGUUCCGACCGAAGAUCCAAAAUUCAUCCUUCACCGCGAUCAUCGUCACCGAUCACUCAAAGAAGACUGAUAGCGCAAAACUCGAGUGAUUCCAUUAGACCGCUCCAUGAAGAAUCGAUUUUGAAAAGAGGGAAUACGAAGAAUGAAACGGAUCGAGGAGAUCGGGAAACGGAUACGAGGGAAACUUCGCAACACAUCCACGUGAAAGUUACAAGCCAACUAGCAGGACGAACCAACGGUUGACCUCGAAGCAACUCAGAGGGAAAUUUCGAAUUUUCACCGUUACCGAGGAGGAGGAGAACAGUGAGCGAAUGCGAGGGCGAGAGAGAAAGAGAGAGAGAGCGAGCGUGAGAGAGAAAGAAAGAGAGAGAGAGAGAGAGAAAGGGAAAAAGGCGAAAGACAAGAAGGAAAAUGCUAGAAAGAAUUUCAUGCAUUUCAUAUACAUACAAGCAUACACGUUACGUAUACAUACACGCAUACGUAUACACAUAGGGUGAGAAAGAAAGAACGAAUGACGAAUAGAGAGAAAGUAAAAAGAGAGCGAGAGAAAGAGAGAGAGAGAGAGAGAGAGAAUGACACAAACACGUGCAUAACAAAUAGAAAAAAAAUGAUAGGCUACAGUGCUGCAUACGUAUUUAAAUUAAAGGAGCAUUAAAUAAGCAUGGAUGUGCAUUUUAGAUGUAUUAGAGGAGUUUCACCACACAUUUAGUAUUAGUUGUAAAACGUUGUAGUCCGACUUGGGGAGAAUCUUUGGAAGUUUUGCAUUUUCUUCGAGAAAAUUUCCCUUCUUUAAUUCUUUCGACUAGAUUUUUUUAUUGCAAAAGAAUUUCUAAGCUUUCAAAGCAUUAUAUAUUUCGUUUAAUAAAUGGCUGGUCAAAAUGAAUUUCUCUUUCUUAAGGAACCUGUAACAAGUUACUAAAAGAAUUCUAAUGUUAAUCGGAUAAUUUUAGCCUAAUUUUUCCUUGAUUUUACGAUCAUAUAACAUCGAUAAGAUUGUUUUUUCUCGAAGGUUUCUCCUCAGUCGUCUCCCUUGAGAGAAACGCGGUGGAGAUUAUCAUUGUCAUGAUCAUUAUCACUGUCAUCGCCGUUUUUAUUUAACUUGUACGUGUUUUACGCAAUUUAUCGACGACAAGCAAAUACUAAAUGAAGUAGGUAUAUAAUAUAUAUAUAAUUUGUUAAGACGGGGAACGAAGAGCAAACAUAUUGUCAUUAUUUUAUUGACGUCGUAUUAUUUAUAUCGAAGGAGUACCAUAGUAUAUACAAUAAUUAUUAACGAUAAAAGAUCGACUAGUGUAUUUCGAACCCGACUGACAACAAUUAAAGAAUUUAAUUGCGCUGAAA